AUGGAUCUUGAGUCAUUAGAUAUACUACAAGAAAUUUGUACUGUCAAUGGUGUACAUUUUGAAAAUUUAAAUGAAGAAAACUUUCUUAAUCAUACAUUAUAUAUCAUAUUUUCUGGUUUACCAAAAUGGAUUUCAUUACAAAGUUUUCCAUUUCUUACUGAAUUGAUUAUUAUUUCACAAGGAAUUAAUCAUAUCGCUAAAUUAGAAACAUGUCCAAAUUUAAAAAAAUUAUGGUUAUGUGAAUGUAAACUAUUGAAAAUUGAAAAUCUUAGUUCAUGUAAACAACUCAGUGAAUUAUAUCUUUAUGAAAAUCAUAUUAAAAAAAUUGAAAAUUUAUCAGGAAAUCAAAAACUUGAAUGUUUAUGGUUAAAUGAAAAUCGUAUUAGUAUUAUUGAAGGAUUACAAGAUUUGAAAUUAUUGAAACAUUUGAAUUUAUCUGGAAAUAAUAUUGUAAAUUUAAAUGAUAGUUUAUUAUUUAAUCAAAAAUUAGAAAUACUUUCAUUGUCCGGCAAUCAAUUAUGGAAUCCUAAUGAUAUAGCUAUAUUAGCUAAACUACCGCAUUUAACUUCAUUAAAUAUCAAUGAACCGGAAUAUUUAAAAAAUCCUCUAUGUAAUAAUGUCAAUUUACCAAUGAUUUUAAUUUAUCAACUACCUCGAUUAUGUAACAUUGAUCAUAUUAAUAUUAAUUACACAGAGUUAAAAUAUGCUAUCAAUACAAUUAUUCAAGGUAAGAAAAGUUAUUAUAUGAUGAAAUGUCAAAAUUAUCAAACAUUACAUGAAAAAACAUUGAUUUCACUAAAAUUAUUAUUUAACAAAUUACAGAAUAAAUUAUUUGCACAUAUUAAAUUAUUAGAUAAAACAUUACGAUGUUUACAAGCAAUAGAAAGACAACAAUUGAAAAUUGAACCAUCUUAUGAAAUGAACACAUUAUUACAUGGUAUAAAUACAUUCAAUGAAAGAAUUCCUUAUUGGGAAAAUAUUCAUUGUGCAUGUAAACUGAAAUAUAAUAUUUUAUGUAAUCAAUUAAAAGAACAUUUACAAUUUCGACAACAUCUUUAUGAAUUAGAAUUAGAAAUGUUUGGUUAUUUAGAAAUUCAAGAGAUCACUGUGAAAGAGGAUUUAUUUACUGAUUGUAAUGAAUUUUUAAAUGCUCGAUUUUGUUGUCAUAAUAAUAAUAAUGAUGAUGAGAUUGGAUCGAUCAUGAUCAGUGGUGUGAAACUUUUACAUUUGUACAAAAUUAAUAAUAGAAUAUUUCAUCAUCAGCAUCAUCAUCAUCAUCAUCAGAAUAAUAAUAAUCAUAAUAGGAAACAUUCUAUACAAAAUGCAGAAUUAUCCAUGAGUAAUUUAAUCGUUAAAUGUUCAACAUUUUCUGACUAUCUAUUUAUUGUAUGCCCGGAAAAAGUGGAUCAAUUCAAAGCAUACAUGAAUAUUAUUCGUUAUGGUGUCCGAAUGAAUAAUAAUCAAUACAAAUUGACAAAUAUUAUCAAUAUGGCAGAUGAGAAAAACUUGCAAACUAUGCAUCAACCUAUUUCUGAAGUAAAUCUUGAUCAAUAUAAUAAUUAUGUGGCACGUUUAUUGUUAGUCAAAUCAUCACUCUCGAAUGAUCACAAUGUUAUCACCACUACGAACAACAACAGUAGUAAUGACAAAAAAGAUCAAAGACAUGUAGAACAUGUUGCUUAUUAUGAAGAAAAACAAUCAAGUUGUUUUUGUCUUUCACAAAUAAAACGACCUAAUUUAUUACUUGACAGUGAAUUAAUUUAUCCAGAAUUUCUUGUCGAAUUAGAAUAUAUCUUAAAAAAUGAUGAAUAUGCAGCCAUAUUUGAUCAGGUGGAUAAAACAUUGAAUUUUGAAAUUGACAAUAAUAAUAAUAAUAAUCUUCAUAUAUUAUUUGAUGAAGAUAUACAAUAUGAUCAGAAUUUGUUGAAAACUUUCACACUAUCCUCCUCCUCCUCAACAUCACCAUCAUCAACAACAACAUCGACAACAUCAAUGGCCGGUGAUCAAAGUAAAUUUACUAAUUUCAAACAAAUUUCAACUAGUUCAAUUCAUUUUUUUAGUCCAGAUAAAACUAGUUUAUUUUUAAAUGAUAUUGAAUUCUCUAGAAAAUUUGAAUUUCCAGGUUUUUCUAAUCUUUGCUAUUUAAGUAUAACACAUUGUCAGUUGAAAAAACUUCCACUACUUCAUUGUAACAAUUUAACAAGUUUAAUUAUUAGUCAUAAUCAAUUCGAUUCAUUAAAAUCGUUUGGUUGUAUGCCUAAUUUGACGGAACUUCAGGUGGAUUAUAAUCAAUUAACAAAUGUCAUUGACAAUGUGGCAGUUUUAGUGUCAUGUACACCGAAAUUGGAAAAUUUGUCAUGGCGUGCAAAUCCUUGGAAGAUUAUUGAUAAAUUAGUUCGAAUUUAUACACUAACUAAACUGCCUCAUCUUAAAUCAUACAAUUUUCAAUCAGUUCAUGAAGAAGCGACUGAAACAGCUAGUCAUUUGUUAGAUACAUCAUGUAUAAUCACAUCAAGCAUGAUUCAAAGUCAACAUAAUAACUCUUGUAAUAGUAAUAAUAAUCGUCAACAAACGAAUGAUUUCUAUCAAAAUUUAACUAUAUUCCCUAUCGCUUAUUAUCAUAAACUUUUAUAUGAUACAAUUGAUGCUUGUAUCACCACCAAUUGUAACUUUCAUUCAAUCACUUCACUAUGUUUACAAUCGCUAAAUCUAUUGAAAAUUGAAAAUUUAGAACAACUGCCAAAUUUAAAAUAUCUUUCAUUAAAUCAUAAUUACAUUACAAAAAUUGAAGGUUUAAACAAUUGUUUCAAACUUAUUGAAUUAUCAUUAGAAUUUAAUUGUAUUCAAUCCAUAGAGAAUAUAAAUCAUUUAAAAAAUCUUCAAUGUCUUCUACUAAGCAAUAAUCACAUCACACGUAUUGAUCAGUUCCAAUUGGAUUGUUUAAAUCAUCAUCUACGUGUUCUGAGUUUACGAAGUAAUCAAAUUGAACAAAUCAAUGGUAUUAUAUUUUGUCAACAAUUAAUUGAAUUAUAUUUAGGAAAUAAUCAAUUGAAUGAUUUUAAAUGUAUUUUACAUUUGAAAAAAUUGCCCAAUUUAAGUAUUUUAGAAUUAUCCAAUAAUCCAUUAGUCGAUACAAUCAAUCAUUAUCGAUAUCAAGUGAUUUAUUAUUUAAAAUCAAUUAAAUCAUUAGAUAACAUGGAAAUUACAUCGAAUGAAUUAUGCCAAUCGAAAGAAUUAUUUCAUGGACGAUUAUCAUGUGAAUAUUUAAUGGAAUAUUUAGAAAUGGAUAAUUUCACUAAUCUUGUACAAUUAGAUUUACCAAAAUGUAUGUUACGAACAAUUGACUGUUUAGAUUUAUGUCGAUUGAUUAAUUUAAAAAGUAUUAAUUUAGAAAAAAAUUAUCUCACUUCAUUUGGUGGUUUAGUAUUUUUGUCCAAUUUAAAAGUGAUUUGUUUAAAUGAAAAUAAUAUUGAAGGUUUAUUUUCCCGUGGUAUUUAUUCACUAGCUAUGAAUGUGAAUUUUCGACGUACUACUACUGAUUCAAUGGAAUCACGUUUUGUAAAUUUAUAUAGGUCAACACAACCAAUUUAUCCGUGUUUAAGUGUAUUACAUCUUGCACAGAAUGGUAUACGUUCUUUGCAAGAAUUUCAAUUUCAUCGUAUGACAUGUCUUCAAACAUUAUUUUUACAAGAUAAUGAUUUAAUUACUAUUAAUGGAUUGGAAGGUUUAAAUCAUUUGAAAGAAUUAGUACUAGACAAUAAUCGAAUUAAAGUGAUGAAUGAAUUGUCAUUUUUAUACAAUUGGACAUUGAAAGAAAUUCAUUUGGAAAAUAAUCGUCUACAUGAAUUAAGUCAUUUGAGUAAGUUGGAAAAUUUACAACGAUUAUAUGUUGGUGCAAAUAAAUUGACCGAUUUUGUUGAUCUUGAGAAAUUUGCUCAAAGUCAACGAAAUUUAUUUGAAAUUUCUCUCAUAGAUAAUCCAAUUGCUACAAGACAAAUACAUCGAUUAAUUCUUAUACAUUGUAUUCCAAAGUUACAAUUUAUUGAUGGUGUUGAAGUGACCGAAGAAGAACGUUUGAGAAUUGCACAAUUUUAUGCCGAAAGAGAUUUAUCCGAUAUCAUGAGUUAUGGGGUGGUUAUUCCACAGCAUUCAGCGCCACAGCCACAGUCAUCAGCACCAGCAUCAGCAUCAGCCCCAGCCCCGUCAUCAAUAUCAACUUGUCAUUAUUCUGGAAAAGUCAAUAAUUCCAAUCGUGGUGACAUUGCACUACCAGAGAUCACUGUGAAACGUUCAUCAAUAUGCGGUGUCAAAAUCAAUGAGAAUACACAAUUACCAACAACGCAUACCCUUAUAACAAAUGAAUCAAAAGAAUAUCAUACAUUAUUUGCUUUUGGUAAACCAAUUCGUCAAAAUCUAACUCAGUUUAAUGAUUGUCAAUUGAAUAAAACCAAAAAAUUGAACAAUUUAACAAAACCUAAUAAUAAUUCUAUUAUACAAUUUGAUAGUAAUGAGAAACAUGCAUUAACUAUCAGAAGUAUUCAACAUGCUAAUAAUCAUUUACUUGUUGACAGAUUACGUCAUCAUUGUCCACAGUCUUACAUGAAACAACCGUAUACAUCGUCAACGCCAGACAGUCGAAUGUUAUCGAUUAAUUCGUUGAGAAGAUCACAUAGUCGAACCGGUCGAAUCGGGCAUUUGAAAUCAUUUCAACAUAAUUAUAAUAGUAAUAAUAGUAAUAAUAGCAAUAAUAAUAAUCAUUAUGACAGCGAUAGUAAUAUCAAAACUACUAUGAAUAUGAAUAUUAAUAAUAAUGCUAAUAAUAGUAACAACAAUGGUCCCACUGAUAGUUUUAGUAGCAGUAGUAGUAAUCUAAGUAUUAGUAAUAAGUUUACUAAAUUCAGUGCAAUGUCAACCAAUUAUCAACGUUGAAUAGCGAGCGCUUAAUUCUCAAUGCAUCUCGCUAAAGUUAUUGAUUCUUUGUUUAUUUGUGCGCCGCCUUUUUUGUUGUAUAGUCUACUUCGU